AUGGUGUUCUUACCUUCAAAAGAGGCCGGUCAAUUGGCCCCCAUCCCUGACAGUAUUUCAAUCAGCGAGUUUAUGCUCAAUGAGAGACAUGGACGAGUGCCACACGCUAGCUCCCGGGACCCAUAUACAUGCGGCCUCACUGGGAAGUCAUACUCGUCGCAAGAGGUAGCCAACCGAGUUGACUCCCUGGCUCGUAGUCUUUCAAAGGAAUUUGGUUGGGCGCCGAAUGAAGGGUCAGAAUGGGAUAAGACACUGGCCGUCUUUGCCCUCAACACUAUCGACUCCUUGCCCCUAUUCUGGGCCGUUCACAGACUGGGUGGUGUUGUCACUCCUGCCAACGCAUCAUACUCCGCCGCCGAGUUGACACAUCAGCUGCUUGAUUCCAAGGCCAAGGCCUUGGUCACUUGCCUUCCUCUCCUCGCCAUCUCACUGGAGGCUGCGGCCAAAGCCGGUCUCCCAAAGAACAGAAUCUACCUACUGGAUGUACCUGAUCAGAUUCUCGGAGGCGCGAAGCCUCCGGCAGAAUACAAGCCCGUUUCCGAACUCAUCGCGGCUGGAAAGUCUCUACCCCCAGUUGAUGAAUUGCGAUGGAGCGCAGGUGAGGGAGCCCGACGCGCCGCAUUUUUGUGCUACUCGAGUGGAACAUCUGGAAUGCCGAAAGGAGUGAUGAUCUCACACCGCAACGUGAUUGCCAAUACCCUUCAGAUCAAGGCAUCUGAGCAGAGCUAUCGGGAUGGGGGAGGCACCAGGACCCCUAUUCAGGAGAUUGCUCUCGGUCUCCUUCCGCAGAGCCAUAUCUAUGCUCUGGUGGUCAUUUGCCAUGCUGGCUCAUACCGAGGCGACCAAACAGUUGUUCUCCCCAGGUUCGAAUUGAAAUCCUACCUGCACGCCAUUCAACACUUUAAGAUCAUCUCGCUCUUCCUGGUACCUCCGAUCAUCAUUCACAUGCUGAGCUCUCAAGAAGUGUGCUCCGAGUAUGACCUGAGCUCGGUGAAGGUUAUGUUCACGGGAGCAGCACCCCUAGGUGCGGAGACAGCGAACGAUUUCCUCAAAGUCUACCCGAAUAUUAUGAUCCGCCAAGGAUACGGUCUUACGGAGACCAGCACGGUCAUAAGCUCAACCCUCCCCCAUGAUGUCUGGCUAGGCUCAUCUGGUUCCUUGAUCCCUGGAUUCGAGGUACGCAUUAUGACACCCGAAAACGAGGAAAUUACAACAUACGACACACCAGGCGAGUUGGUGGUCCGAGGCCCAAGUGUCGUCCUGGGCUAUCUGAACAACGAGAAAGCCACCAAAGAGACAUUCGUGGACGGAUGGAUGCGUACUGGAGAUGAGGGUGUCAUUCGUCAAAGCCCGAAUGGCAUCGAGCACGUGUUCAUUGUCGACCGUAUUAAGGAGUUGAUCAAGGUUAAGGGUUUGCAAGUUGCACCUGCCGAACUUGAAUCCCAUCUCCUCGCCCACCCCGAUGUCUCGGACUGUGCCGUUGUUGCCAUUCCAGAUGCUCGUGCAGGAGAAGUCCCCAAGGCUAUUAUUGUCAAGUCUCCUACUGCGGGGUCCGACGAAUCAGUGUCCAAAGCUCUCUUGAAGCAUGUUGAAGAACACAAGGCCCGUCACAAGUGGUUGAAGGGAGGUAUCCGAUUUGUGGAUGCAAUUCCCAAGAGCCCGAGUGGUAAGAUUCUGCGCCGAUUGAUCCGUGAUCAAGAGAGGGAGGCACGGAGAAAGGCAGGUAGCAAGAUCUAA